AAAUAUCCAGACUUAUUUUCGCGUAUAAAAGCGGGCGUUGCUGGUCGGUAAAUCAUAGUUUGAUUGAUUACCCCAAACCAUGAAGUACCUGAUUGUCUGUGUUACCCUGGCCCUGUUCGGCUACCUGGAUGCCAGCCCAGUGUACGGCAACCAUGGAGGCUAUGGUGGCUAUGGUGCUGGUGGCUAUGGUGCUGGUGGCUAUGGUGCUGGUGGCUAUGGGGCUGGUGGCUAUGGAGGUGGUGGCUAUGGUGGUGGUCAAAGCGUCGUCUACAAGGAGGUGCCCUCGUACGGCUAUCCUCAGGUUCUGCAAUCGGAGGGAAGUGGUGGAGUGGCUAGUGCUUCCGCCGCUGCAUCCGCCGCUGCCUUAAAGCCUGGCUACUACCAAAAGCAGCUUGUGGCAGGGUGGGAGAUCGAUGGUGGAAGCUCUGGCAUUAAGAUCGGACACGGACAAGGCUACGGUAGUCACUACUAAUUCCCAAACCCCCCGCUCCGUCGGCAGCAAAUCAAACUAUCGUUUACUGGUUCAAACCCUCGAGUGGCUGUCACAGCGAAACUCCGAGAAUCUGCGAAUAAACACAUUCUAAACGAUUUGGAAAUUAUUGAACAAAAA